UCACAGCGCUGCACUGAUUUGAGCGUGUUAAAAAAAAAAAUGCCAUAGCUCAGUGUUAGUGCCGUGACAGUUACACACAGUCACCCGGACUCAUUCACACUUCACGUGCCACGAAUCCUCGAGACAUUCCCCCCGAGCUCAAACCGGCGGUUGAGGCUAAUCUGUGGUUUCUGUGUGUAACUGACGUGAUUACGGCCUCUGUGUUUAUGAGACAGAACAACACCUGAAGUCAGAUGAACCAAAGGGGUGUCAAAACAGGACAGAAGUGAGUGAACAGAAGACAAGAGCUCUGGAGAAAUGAUGAUAUUAAAGAUGCCUUCACUGUCCCGUGGAAAGGAGAGUCGGAAGUGAUGGAGAACAAAGAGGAGAGCCCUGCAGAUGAGCACGCCCACACACUUCCAGAGCGAGGAUUGCUUCACAUCUGGCAGUCAGCAGGCCUCAGUUUGCAGCCAUGUCCAGAGAGAGUGCUCCUGUCCAGGCCUGUUCUGCAGGCCGCCCUGGGAGAACACCAUGGACUCCUGCUGACACAGGGUGGUAUGGUAUAUUCAUUUGGAGAGCUGUUGUGGAGAGAUCUGAGCAUCCCGGUGUCUGCUCCACUGCUGGAGGUCUCUCUGCUGGGGAAGACCGUCGUUCGUGUGGCUGCCGGUGGCUUUCACUGUGGAGCGCUGAAUGAGCAGGGUAACGUCUACAUGUGGGGGGAGAACACUGCAGGACAGUGUGGGCUGAAUGAGAGGGCCACAGCCACAAGCAUCACAGUUUCAGAGCCGUGCCCGGUCUCUGUGGUGGACAGCGAUGUCGUUCCACCAGCAGUGGUUCGGGUUGUGGAUCUGGCCUUUGGACGGGAACACAGCCUGGCUCUGUCGGCCCAGAAUGAGGUGUGGGCGUGGGGGAGCGGCUGCCAGCUCGGCCUGGUGACCAGCACCUUUCCUGUAUGGAGACCACAGAAGGUGGAGCAUUUGGCAGGCAGACAUGUCAUUCAGGUGGCUUGUGGUGCCUAUCAUAGCCUGGCCCUGGUUCGUAGUUUACCGCCACAGAACUACAAUACCCAGAAUCAUUCUGAAAAGAGGGAGCGAGGCCAGUCACCUCACUGCUUAGUCAUGGAGAGAGAGGGGCCAGUUGCUGUUGAUGGUGGUCACUAUUGUCCACUGGGUGUGGAGCUGACUGAAGGCAUGACUGGCGAGGCUUCUCCCAGAAGAAGAGGCCCCAGACGAAGACUCCAACCUGGGGGAAGAUCAGCUGGCAGCAGCCCCGGCUCUACAACUGGCUUAUGUCCAUUUUCUGAAGAUGGCAAAACAAACACUAAACAGAAGAAUCUUCCAGUUGGCACCAAGUUUGAGUCCGAUGGGCCUGCUGACCCUCUCACACAGACAGACAGCAGCCCCAAGUCCCAGCCACCGUCCGGCUGGGGAUCCAAUAAGAACUCUGCUUUCGCAGAUGAAACAGCACUUCAGAACCUCCUCCAGAAACUCUCAAGUCAUUCUCUGGAGAUGCAUCACACCCCCGGGCCUGGAGACAGCGACUCACUGAGCAGUUACACUUCAGAUGACAGCUGGGUUUCCUCAACUCCUUCCACAGAUCUGACUUCCAGUUACAAAGAAGAUUCACCAGUUAAGAGUCAAACCAACAAUAACAGUGGAGCCACAGUGUCAUACCCGGUGUGUUUGGAAGACGUUCGUCUUUGUCUUGAGGCGGAGAAACAGGCGCUGAAGGGGCAGAAGAGCUCCAGUCUCACAAAUAUAAACCAGAAGGGGAAAGCAGCAGCAAACAGGAGACGCUCCCUGCCUGGAACACCCACCCGUGGGUCUCCACGGAGACGGCGGCCGCAUGCCUGCAGGCCAUCUCCGGCUGGUUGGACCCAAGCCGCAGCACCAGAGGAGGCCGGAGACGGGCUGCCGUCUCUGGAGACAGAAGUGUGGAGCUGGGGCCGCGGGUCUGAGGGACAAUUGGGACACGGAGAUCAGCUUGCCAGACUCCAGCCUCUGUGUAUCAAGUCUUUGACGGGACAGGAGGUGAUCCAAGUUGCCGCAGGGUCGCAUCAUUCACUGGCUCUCACUGCUCAGUGCCAGGUGUUCUCGUGGGGCAGCAACAUGUGUGGACAGCUCGGCCACGUCAACAAUCCUGUCACUGUACCCCAACAUGCGAAGCUCUCUGAUGGUCUUCGAGUUUGGGACGUGUCCGCUGGUCAGAGCCACUCCCUCCUCCUGGCUGAUGGAGACUGCGUCCAGCCGGUCCUGUUAUACUGUGGCCAGCAGCAGGAGCAAAUGUCCACGCACAGCAAGAGGUCACAACAGAGUCAAAGGUCAUGCCAGAGGUCACCCAGCAGAGCGGAGAGUUAUACAGUCAGACCCACCCUGCUGCCCGUCUCCAUGGAGAUGAAUUACAUUAGUAGUGUGUGCAGCGGUGGUCAGACCUGUGCAGUGUUGGCAGACCAGAACGUCAUGGGUUUUAUCUCCGCUAUCCACGAGCUGGCCUCCAGAGAGAGGCAGUUCUACUGCUGGUUGAGCAGUGUCAGGAAGAUCCUCCUCACACCGCUCCGUAACAGAGAGAGUGCAUGUCCGUUCUUAGGCGAGCCGUGCACUCAUCUCUUCUUCUCUCUCUGUGAGAGUUUUGUUCAUCUGAGCACCUUGAUUGGUCGACACUCCACAUCACUCAGCUACUUCCUGCGUGAUGUGCAGGGCUGUGACGUCACUUCCCUUCUCCUGCUGACACACACGGAGCAUUUUCUGGACAUUUAUAAAGAGUAUUGUUCUUCAGUAGGUAACUUUCAGGUGAUGGGCGGAUUCCAGUCACUCCAUAAACUCUCACAUGAGUGUUUAGGCUCUCAGCAGACCAUGCUCGCUCAGCUGUGUGCAUCAGAGCAGUCCGUCACUGGUGAUGUUGAUCUGGUUUCGUUGUUGUACUGGCCUCUGCAGCAGCUCCACCAGUACAGCCGAGUCCUCCUUAAACUGGCAGCCUGUUACGAUGUGUUAACCACAGAGUAUCAGUGCCUCCAUCAUGGCUGUAGUCAGUAUGAGUCUCUGUCUUUGUCCCUGCUGAGGAGGAAGAAGGAGGCUGAAACCACGUUCCUCUUCUGGAAAACCCAUUCUGGAAAAACUACUGAGGUUCUCCGUCUCCCACAUCGUCGCGUGGUGUGUGAAAGCAGUAACCGAUCUCUGACUCUGCAGAACGCCGGGCGGUUCUCCAACCACUGGUUCAUGCUGUUCAAUGACUCACUGGUGCACACACAGGGUGCCAUUCCCUCUCAGAGUCUUUUCUCUACACAUCAUGUCUAUCCUCUCACCUGUCUGUGGGUGAAACCAGUGACUGAAGACAGCAGCGGACUUUAUGCCAUCAAAAUUAUUUGUCCAGAGGAAAGUUUCACCAUUGUGGCCUCGACACCACAAGAGAAGAACAAGUGGUUACGAUCUGUUAAUCAGGCUGUGGAUCAGGUGCUGGGUGGUGGAGGUCAGGGGUCAUCGCCAGGGGUGGCGGGAAUGUCUCGCACAGCGUCCUACUCGUUCACAGGAGAGGGUCGCUUCAAAGAGGCCCAGUACACCGGGAGCUGGCUGGCAGGACGAGUUCAUGGCAGAGGCACAAUGAAGUGGCCAGAUGGACGGACCUACAGCGGGAACUUUAAGAAUGGACUGGAGGACGGCUAUGGAGAGUGCAUAAUACCUAACAAAGUGCUGAAUAAGCCAGACAGCUACCAAGGACACUGGAAAGAUGGCAAGAUCCAUGGUUUCGGCAAGUACAAGUAUGCCAGUGGCGAGGUCUACGAGGGCUGUUUCUGUGAUGGGCAGCGGCACGGUUACGGCAUGCUGGGCUCCGGUAAACUGGCCAAGAAGUCCUCCAGCGUUUUCAUUGGCCACUGGGUCCAUGACAGGAAGACAGGAUACGGAGUCUAUGAUGACAUCACCAGAGGUGAGAAGUACAUGGGACUGUGGUUGGACGAGCAACGACAUGGCAGUGCUAUGGUUGUCACCCAGCACGGUGUGUACUUUGAAGGGACCUUCAGAGACAACAAGAUGAGUGGUCCGGGUCUGUUGGUGUCAGAUGACGACACAGCUUUCCACGGGGAGUUUUCCGAUGACUGGACUAUCAACGGGAAGGGUGUUUUAUCUCUGGCUAAUGGUGACUGCCUGGAGGGCCUGUUCAGUGGAGAGUGGACCGCAGGACUAAAGGUGGUUGGAACGUACACCAAACCACAAUUCGUCGAUGAAGCAGAAAACAAAGAGAGAAACAGCCUCCUCAGGUUGGGUCAGUAUGCGGUGCCAGCUGGUCAGAGGUGGAUCUGUGUGUUUGAUGAAUGUUGGAGUCGACUCGGUUGUGAUGCUGCUGGGAGAGGAGAGAGGACUGUAGCCUGGGAAAACAUCGCUGUUACUAUAACGACUGCGCGACGACAGAGCCCGGACCUCAGCAGGUCUCAGAACAAAGUGUUGGAGUGUUUGGAGUUUAUUCCUCAACACGGAGAACCAGUGACCACCGCAAACUAUGACAACAUACGAAGAUACCUCAUCAAGGCAUGUGAGACUCCUCUCCACCCUCUGGGCUGGCUGGUGGAGACGUUGGUGACUGUCUACAGGAUGACUUACGUUGGCGUGGGAUCCAACCGCAGGCUGCUCAGGCAGGCGGUCCAGGAGGUUCAGGCCUACCUCACACAUUUCUACAGCAUCGUCCGGUUUCUGUUUCCACGGUUACCAGAUGAUGGAGACAUCAUCCCGGACCCCCCUGCAUCUCCAUCUAAAGGCAGAUGCAACUCUAACACAGCAGAGCAGGGUGUUAUGGUGGUGAGCUGCUCCUCUCUGCUCCUCCCUCUGCUGCUCCCUCGACUCUACCCUCCUCUCUUUACCCUGUACUGCCUGCAGGAGGAGCCAGAGGAGGCCCAGUACUGGGAGCACAUCCUGCGACUCAACAAACAGCCAGACCAGUCGCUGCUCAGCUUCCUGGGCGUUCAGGAGAAGUUCUGGCCUGUGUGGAUGUCGAUUCUAGGAGAGAAAAAGCAGAUUGUGUCGAGCAGCAAAGACGCCUGCUUUGUUUCCGCUGUGGAGACACUCCAACAGAUCAGCACCACCUUCACUCCGUCAGACAAACUCCUCGUCAUCCAGAAGACGUUUGAGGAGUUGACCCAGGAAGUAAAACCUAUGCUGGCUGGCAACUUUCUGUGGUGCAUGGAUGACCUGCUCCCGCUCUUCCUCUAUGUGGUGCUCAGAGCGAGGAUCAGAAACCUGGGAGCUGAGGUCAACAUGAUAGAAGACUUAAUGGAUGCCAACGUUCAGCAUGGAGAGCUGGGACUGAUGUUCACUACACUGAAGGCCUGCUACAUUCAGAUCCAGCAGGAGUCGACUAUUUAAGAGUUGACGGGACGACACCACACAGUGUCUAAACAGCAAUGAAAGCACUGCCAGAACAAACACCAGUCCUACCAGCAGCAUUCCACUGGAGGUCACUGGGAAGCUGCACAGCAGAGGGCGGCAGAGGGAGGGGAGAGCGUUACUCCUUCACCUUCUAUCAGACAGGAAAAUUAAAUCUGACUCCUCAUUCACUGUUUAUUCUUUUUAGUAUUACAGUGCGCCAAAGUUCUCAUAGGAAAGUAAACAGCGCCCUCUUCAGAACGAGUUACAAAACUGGAUUAUUAUUUAGUUACUGUAGAUAUUCAGUAUUGGCCCAUCACGAACAGUACAGAUUUCAUUACUUUACAGUAUUUUUACUUUACAGUCUACAAAGUCAGGUCUAUGCUGCACUAUGUCACAGGUUUUAAAGUGAACGUGAGCAGCGAGUAAUGAUGUAAAUAUUUUAUUAGUGGUCGAGCAUCUCGAGGGGAACUUAUGGUUUUAACGUUGUGAUUUCUAUCUUUCCAAGUGUUUAACUUCACAGUGAAACCGUUGAAUGAAUCCAAGUAUUCUCUCUCCAAACACAGUAAAAGUGCUGAAAAAACUAUUGAAAAUUUAACAAAGCUAACAGUGCAGGUAUCAACACUCGUAGCAAAUGUACAAAUUAUAUGAAAAUGUUUUACUGUGUUUGCAAAAUCCUUCGUUUCCAAUUUAUUUAGACUGUUUCACAUCAUUGAAUUAAGCAGAGUUUAAAUGUCACACUAAACAGACCAACAGUUUAUUGAGGCUGUUUGAAUCAUUUUUAUUUAUUUUAUUUUUUAACACUCCUGAGCUACAAAGCCAACCAAUAUUCAUAACUAAUGUAGAGUAAAUUCAGCAGAAGGACGUUAAACACAGAGGGAAAUUAUUUUGUACUUUAAGAGAAUUAAUGAGGGAAUACUGAUGAGCUAAAGGAAAUUUUUAUUCCUCUGGUGAUGUUUCAUGUAGUUUGUUUUUCUCUGGAGCGCAUAUGAACAAGUCUGAGCACUUUUAAUGUUGCACUUUUCACCAGUUUAAGUACCUCCACCCUGAGCAGGAUUUAACUUCAAGCAUUAAUUCACAUUUCAAAACAUAUUCACUAUUUUCUUAGGGACUACUGCACUUACUUAAAUGAUUGUAUGUCAUGAUUGUCUAUCACUGUUUUAGUUUAGACCUUGGUGCAGAUUUAGAUUUAGUUUUACUUUUUAGUCUUCAUCUUGUUUUUAUCCUUUAAAUCCAUCUGUAUGUGUAAAAUGACUAUUGUAGGGACACAAAAGUAAUGUUUUUCACUUAUAUUUUAAUUAUUCUGGCAAAAGAAAAAGUUUAUGAUCACUAUUUGGCAUGAUCUGCCAUUUUUAGCUCCCAUAUCUGUUACAACCUCAACAGUCGUCAUGCGAUUUAUCGCUUUUGAACCUGAGAGAGAGCGUCACAUCACUUUCUGAUUAAUUCUGCUGCUUAAUUUAUUUAUUAGUAGAAUGUAAUUUAAAUUAUUUAUCAGAGAUUUGAAAGUAUAAACCAGCAGUGGUGGUAAAUACACUGAGAAUUAUCAAGACUGUCAAGAUUUAGAUCAAGUGUCAUACAACAUUAUUUGUUUAGAUUAGAGCAGCUGCAAUUAUGUCAUGUUAUUGAACAUCUGAUUUUUAUGUCGUCAGGAAUAAAACAAACAAAAAGUGCCAAAAAAAAAAAAUCAGCUGUUAGAUUAAAAACCAGAUUUUUUUUCUCUCUUUUAAUUCUUUAAUCAUUUCACCGUUACUGAAGUUGUAUUUAUUGUUUCACUCAGACCUGCAUGUGUCGGCACAGUCGAUUUAAAUAUUUGUUUUCUCUUUUUGCUAUAACACCAUUGCAGUGUCGUGUCGUGUAAUAGAGAUGUAACAACUGAGGAUGGAUGACACAUUUAGCUGACCUCGCUGGCCUCCUUUGAUUCCAGGUUAAAGGACUGAACAGAUGUUUUGCAUGUCUUGGCCCGUUAUCAACACUUUGUCAACCAUUUGUUUACACGUGGUUAUGAUUUCUAACGAGGUCAGAUGUGACAUAAAACACAACAUGGGCUGAAACAUGCAAAACACAUCAUGAUCUUUUGUUUCUUUGAGGUUUCAGACUAUGAGGCUAUAACCUGACUGAAGUUUAUGACUUGAGUUUAUUAUUUUUCUAACUAAGUUUAUAUUUUUGUAACUUCAUACAUUUAUAGGAAGAGAUGAUUACAGGGCAACUGGUUGCAGAAUGUUAUUUAGUUUUGCUGGUUAAAAUAAUUGAGAUAGGAAAUGAGAAAAUAUGUUUAUAAAAAAAAAGGGGGCAAUAAAUUUGGUUUAAUUC